AUGUCUAAAAUCUUGGUGCUUCGUGCCAAUGUUCAAACUGUGACUGAGGUCUUGACUAAAGCUGAAGCUUUAAAUACAAAGUCAGGUCCUUUUGACUGUGCCAUCAUUCUUGGCCACAUAUUUGAAUCUAUUCAAGAUGCUCCUUGCCCACAACUUCCAGUGUUUUUCACCAAUGGGUCGAAUUUGUUGGUUGAGAAGCAUGGCACCAGUUCGAUGAAUCAUAAUCUAACGCUUCUGAAUGGAUACGGCGUACUUCAAACUACCAAUGAUCUGAGAAUUGCAUAUCUGAGCGGUGACAAGGACUAUCUUCUCAAAAAUCAAGAAGAGAUUCGUACACUUUUCAAGAAUGCAGCGGCGAAAGAUGUGGAUAUCCUGAUCACUGAUGGCUGGAGCAGAGGUCAUUAUCUAAGUAAAGACGAAAGCUUGGGAGAAGAUACGUUGGAAGAUGAGGCUGUCAAACUGCUAAAACCCAAAUAUCAUUUUGCGACUCUAGCCAAAAACAAGUUCCAGGAAGCAAGCCCAUUCAAAUGGGGGGAUUCCGAAAAAACCACCAGAUGCCUCAAUCUCGCUGAAUACAACUCUGGUGCUAAAUGGGCUUAUGCAUUCAGUGUUGAUUCCACAUCAGCCCGUAACGAUUCUGCAACAAAAUCAUUUGCCGCUAAUCCAUAUGAAAAAAGCACAUCCUCCAAGCGUGAAUUUGAGUCCGAAGGUACAUCAGAUUAUGCAUUGACAAAGAAGCCGAAGCAGAUCUUACCACAAGAUUGCAGGUUUUGCCUGAGCAACCCCACAGUCCAAGAUCAUUUGAUAAUUCAUAUAAGCGAUCAUGCUUAUUUGACCAUAGCUAAGGGCCCAUUGACCGUUCCCACUGCUCAGAUGAACUUCUCGGGGCAUUGUUUGCUCAUUGCCAUAAAGCAUAUCCCAAAGUUGAAACCACAAGAAGACUUACAAAGUGACGUUUUCGAGACUCCACUAUUCAAAGAGAUCGAAAGGUAUGAAGCUAGUGUCAGUGCUAUGAACUACGAAAAGUUUUCGAUGUCUACAGUCGCCUUUGAGAUCAAUUCCCAAAGAUCAAUUCACUACCACAUUCAGCUGUUCCCCAUUCCGUCAUACCUGAUAGCGAAAUUUGAAUCGGCUCUCGACAGACAAGUCCACUUCAACAAUACAAAAUACGAUCAUAACGCCAAGUUGAAAUUUCAGACCUUCACUGACUUGAACGAUCUAGACUAUAAAUCAAUUGUGAACGAUUCGAAUAACAACUAUAUCCAGUUUACGAUUUUCGAGAAAGGACCAGAGUCGUCUAAAACGUUUGUCGCAACCUUCAAGCCAGAAGAAAGAAUUGAUCUACAGUUCGGCAGACGUGUACUUGCAUUUGUUCUGAACCUACCAAAAAGAGCGAAGUGGGACUCGCCUGCUUGUCACCAAUCUAUCGAAGAGGAGGAUAGUGAGGUUAAAGCAUUCCAGACACACUUUAAAAGUUUCGAGCCUUAA